AUGGCCGAACCCAGGUUUACCACGAAGCUCCCGGCGAUGUAUGCUCUCCAAGAGAAAUUGUCGGACUGGUGGCGCAAGUUGCCCUCCGAUAUGCGCCUUACACCGACCAACAUAUCUGCUACACCCAAACAUUUGUUCCCCAACAUCCUCCUGAUGAAUGUGGUAUAUCAUCAAUCUCUUUGCGCCCUCCAUGCCUCUAUUGUCCCUCUGUUCUGUUGGGGCGAAGGUGAUGAAAGCUGGUCGACGGCACGACAACUCUCUGCACAGCUCGCGUACGAGCACGCCUGCACGACCUCAGAGCUGCUCCACGUCGUGGUGUCAACUUUUGACAGACUCAGCGCAAUGCCUAGCUUUAUCUGCUAUGGCGCAUAUUGCGGCUGUGCGAUACAAAUCCCAUUCCUCUGGAGCUCGAACCCAUCUGUUCGCGAAAGGGCGUACACUAACGUCAAGGCCAACAUGAAGAUGAUUGAUCUCAUGUCGAAAUACUGGAAGUUUGCCGCGCUAUUGAAAAUCUACGUUCGGUGCUUGUACAAGGGGCACAAGCAGCACCCCACGGUUCUCGAAGACGAGCCGAAAUACCUGGAUCCCCAGAAACUGACAAGCUUCAAGAUGAAUGCUCCCCAUGUGCAGGCUUCAAUCCUCGAAUUCAUCGGCAUCCUCUACUCAAGGGAAGAUGGAUAUGCACAGCCAGGAGAGACGCCAGGCCUCGAGAUCGAGCACCUUGGUACCAGAGAUGGACCGCCAUCUCGCACGUCCAUUUCAGAAGACCGCGAAGCGGACCCCGCAGAGCAAAAGGAACUUCAUCUUACGGGCGAUACGAACUGGCCGCAACCGUUCCCGACAGUCCCGUUCGCCCCAGAAGCCUUAGUACAGUAUCAACAAGAUCAAGCACAGCGGCAGCAGCAACAGCUCCCGACUUUCUCAUCCGCAUUUUCAAACCAGCAUCAACCCGAUGCAGUCCCUCUUGAGAGCCAGACCCUGGAUAUAUUUCAGCCUCUGUUAGACCCAGAGACGAUGCUGGACCUCUUCCCGAACGGCGAGCUGCCUGACCUCUCGGCAUUUGACACGAGCCCGCUGGACUUGCAUCACUUCGAACUGGAGGGCUGGGAUGACGAUGGCACGGGCGCGAGUGCCUCCUCAGUUUCUUGGACCGCAACUACCAACGCGGGGCUAGCGCAGAGAUAG